CGGUUGUCUAGCGGGAAUUCAGGGACCCGAGGGCACAGAGCUGCGUAGCCGCGGAGCUGGUCCUCAUUCUACUGCGGGUCAGUCAUCAUGCUUCGCUCCCUGCUGCCCCGACUAUUCUUUCUGCAUGCCAGGACAGCCCCAUAUUCAUCGGCCGCAGCCCUGCCCAAACCCAUCCCGAACCCAGACAUCCGCUACAACAAGCUCUUUAUCAACAAUGAGUGGCAGGAUGCUGCCAGCAAGAAGACCUUCCCCACCAUCAACCCAUCUACAGGAGAGGUGCUAGGGCAUGUGGCCGAGGGGGACAGGGCAGAUGUGGACCGGGCGGUGAAAGCGGCCCGAGAGGCCUUCCGCCUGGGGUCUCCCUGGCGCCGGAUGGAUGCCUCGGAACGGGGUCGACUGCUGAACCGCCUGGCCGACCUCGUAGAGCGGGAUCGGGUAUACCUAGCCUCCCUAGAGACCCUCGACAAUGGGAAGCCCUUUCAGGAGUCCUAUGUCUUGGACCUGGAUGAGGUCAUCAAGGUAUACCGUUACUUUGCUGGCUGGGCUGACAAAUGGCAUGGUAAGACCAUCCCCAUGGAUGGUGAGCAUUUCUGCUUCACCCGCCAUGAGCCCGUAGGUGUCUGUGGCCAGAUUAUCCCCUGGAACUUCCCCCUGGUCAUGCAGGGCUGGAAGCUUGCCCCGGCACUGGCCACAGGCAAUACUGUGGUGAUGAAGGUGGCGGAGCAGACACCCCUGUCUGCCCUAUACUUUGCCUCCCUCAUCAAAGAGGCCGGCUUUCCCCCUGGGGUGGUGAAUAUCAUUACUGGCUAUGGCCCCACGGCGGGAGCGGCCAUUGCCCAGCACAUGGACAUAGACAAAGUGGCCUUCACCGGCUCCACGGAGGUGGGCCACCUCAUCCAGAAGGCAGCUGGGGACUCCAACCUCAAGCGUGUGACCCUGGAGCUGGGUGGGAAGAGCCCCAGCAUUGUGCUGGCUGAUGCUGACCUGAGCCAUGCUGUAGAGCAAUGCCAUGAGGCUCUGUUCUUCAAUAUGGGCCAGUGCUGUUGUGCGGGCUCCCGCACCUUUGUUCAAGAAUCCAUCUAUGAUGAGUUCCUUGAAAUGACUGUUGAGAAGGCAAAGCAGAGGAAAGUGGGGAACCCCUUUGAGCUGGACACCCAGCAGGGACCCCAGGUGGACAAGGAGCAGUUUGAGCGCAUCCUGGGCUACAUCCAACAGGGCCAGAAGGAGGGGGCAAAGCUUCUGUGUGGUGGGGAGCGCUUUGGGGAGCGUGGCUUCUUCAUCAAGCCCACUGUCUUUGGGGGUGUACAGGAUGACAUGCGGAUUGCCAGGGAGGAGAUCUUUGGGCCUGUGCAGCCCUUGUUCAAGUUCAAGAAGAUUGAGGAAGUGAUCGAGAGGGCCAACAACACCAGGUAUGGCUUGGCAGCUGCUGUGUUCACACAAGACCUAGACAAGGCCUUGUAUUUCACACAGGCACUCCAAGCUGGGACUGUUUGGGUGAAUACCUACAACAUCGUCACUGCCCACACACCAUUUGGGGGUUUUAAGGAAUCUGGCAGUGGGAGGGAGCUGGGGGAGGAUGGGCUGAAGGCUUACACGGAAGUCAAGACUGUCACCAUCAAGGUCCCCCAGAAGAACUCCUAAGACUCACCACCACAGACCCCCAACUCUGGUCCAAGAGUUCUACAACCACCUAGAUCAGUGGUCUGCCAAGAACCAAGGGCCCUGAAGAACCAUAAAAACCUUGGAGGGAGCAUCAUCAACAAAAGCAAUGCAAGUCUGAGCAGCUGGAGUUCUAGUAGGGGGUGUGCAAGGCCUCGUCUUGUCACUUGCACAAAAGGCUCCUUCAGUGUCCUGAGUUACUGCCAAGAAACCUUAGGAGGUGUUAGAAUAGCCAUCAAGUCAACACUUUGAUCUGCACAGUGCCUUCCAGGUUUUCCUGCUAACUUAGAUGUCUCAACUCAGAUGGACUCAACUUAUUGGAUGAAUGUGGGAUCAGAAACAUUCAGAUCAUGGCCCACUCUUCAUGUUCCCUUUUUUACAAGCCCAUUGCUGGUUGUUUUGCUUGCUUGCCCUUUAUUUUGCUACUGGUAUGGG